AGCUAGUGUUCUAGAUAGCUAUCAUUAAAUGAAACAAAAAAUUCUAAAGAAAGAUGCCGUCACUCUCUGAUUUAAACAACUUAUUCCCAACAAAGUUACAUGCUGUUAUCUUUGUUGGUUAUAUGGGUCUAUUUAUUAAUCAAGGUAUCUUGGUCACUGCAACUAAAGACAAAGACAACAAGUAUUCGUACAAUCCAACAAUCACAGUGUUGUUAUCUGAACUUUUAAAACUCAUUGUUGCUUCUAUAUUGUUUGUUAAAGAGUCAGGUGUGUUUGCUUUGUUUCAAGGCUUUAUAAGAUAUUUCAAUGUGUUCCUGCUGUAUUUGGUUCCAUCCUUCUUAUAUUGUUUAUACAACAACUUGGCAUUUGCUAACUUAAGCUCGUACGAUCCAACCACAUACUUUUUGUUACUACAGUUCAGAGUGGUAGUGACUGGAGUUGUGUUCCAGGUAAUUUUCAAAAAACAGCUUAGUCGUAUGCAAUGGUUUUCUUUAUUCCUCCUCACGUUCGGUUGCAUCGUCAAACAGCUGAACACAACUGCUGCAAAUGGCAUGCCGAAACUUAGCAUAGCUUUCAAUAUGAGUCUGGCUUUAAUUUUAGUUCAAAUUUUCUGCUCUUGCUUUGCUGGAGUCUAUAACGAGUAUUUGCUGAAAGGGCAAGGCGAAGAUGUGCCGUUUAUGCUACAAAAUGCAUUUAUGUACGUCAAUUCUAUCAUUUGUAAUGUGGCUAUCCUUGGUUACACUGGUUCUCUGACAGAAGGUAUGACAACGAAAAGCGUGAACUCCAUCCUACAGGCAAAAGUUUUAAUGAUCAUUUUCAACAAUGCGGCGAUAGGUAUUGUUACGGCCAUGUUUUUGCGCUCGUUAAAUUCGAUCUUAAAAACAUUUGCAAGUGCCUUAGAGCUGAUGUUUACAGCUGUCCUAUGCUGGAUCAUUUUCGGCAUUCCUGUUAAUAUCAUGACAGCUGUUGCUAUAGGAAUUGUUUCCUACGCUACUCUCUUGUACGCAAAGAAUCCGGUGGAUAACACACCCAAGAGUAGUGGCGCCACUAAAGUAUGAAUUCUGCGGAAUCAAGUCGUCUCAGUGACGUUGUGAGUUUUAGGGACAAUAUGGUUUUAAAGGAAUAAAUUUGAUGUGAAACAUGCACAAUGUAAAAGAAAGAGAGCUAACAUUUGUCAAACAAUUUCAUGUGAAUUCUCUUCGUUAGACACGGGUUGUUCAUUUGAAUACAACCUUCACUUUUUCCUUUUUGAUUAAAAAAGAUUGGUAAAAAAAGUUUUUAUUUAAAAGUGAUUUUUUCUCUGUAAAUAAAAAGAAAGAUUAAAACGUGCUAAGUUAGACGAGACAAAGUUUACCUCGUCUUUUCAGUCAUUGUUACUAUUAAAUAACAUUUCUAUCUUAUUCCAUACUGGCUACAUCACUUCCCUCUAUAUAUCGUCUUCAAAUGCAAGAGUGAAAAUACAUAGAUUUAUCCUUUUAUGUUUUUUGUUACGCUUAAUGUUUCGUUAUGAUUGUAUAUGUUGUCUGUACAUCAUAUAAUAAAAAUAAUAUUUAUCCAAACAAUGCGAAGUUACUUUUUAUAUCAAUUGGUAUGCUCUCCCCAUUGCAGAGAGCUGCAUGUUCAAGACGUUUUCUUUACGGAAAUAUUGAAAUAAUACUGAAAUAAUAUUUUUUUUAUUCUCUACUUUAACUUUUGGUCCAAAUUGUCCCAAAAUAAAACAGCUUAAAUUUACUUAUUUUCAACAAUAAUAUUUAAACUUGAUUUCCACAAGACAGAUUGCAGGGUGAUCUAGAUACUUGAAAUACUUAACUAUACUUGACAAAAUAACAGUACUUAAGAAUAUACUUGUAUUUGAAAUUUUGCAAAAAUUUAAAUAUAUUUGAAUAGUAGGCUCUGUACACUCAAAUAAAUUUGAAUACUAGCCUCUAAUACUUAAAUAUACUUGAAUAGUAGCUUCUUAAUACUCAAACAUACGAGAAUUUGUGUGAUAACCAACAUUUUUUAUCUAAUGUCUAGCAAUACUUAUGGAAUCAAACCUGUUGAAGUGUUUGUGUAACGUUCUUGGUUUUUGAAACAUUAUCUCUGUUUUCUUGUUGACCCUAGUUGCACCAAUGUUAUUAUGAAUACACAAGUCUGUCAUGGAAUAUUGCAAUGUUAGUCUGCUUUUCGUGUUUGCUGUUUUUAACAUUUUAGCUAACUAGCUAACUCAAAAAUGCUUGACUCAAACUUACUAAAGCUUCUGUGGUGAUAUGAAAUUAGUUUACGAAAUCAGUUACUCCCUGUAAAAGUUCAUGAACUGAACACAAUAUGAAGAGUUGCGCGAUUCGAUGAAACGUAAAUCCACACAAUGAAGGAUGAUGCACCACGACGACGAAAAACACUAGGACGCAACAAAAGCCACGCUGGAAA